UCUCCAACAGAAAAACUGAGUGCAAAAAACGAACGGGGUGCCACCAGCCAUGGCCAAGCCUCGCAAGCCCAAGCCCGACGCGGAAGACUCCAAGCCAGCUAACUCCGGUGCCGUCGUCCGCCACCAGAAGCUCUGUCUCUCCAUUGACACGAACCUCCGUCGCAUCUACGGUUACACUGAACUGGAAAUUGAGGUACCUGAUAUCGGAAUCGUUGGAUUACAUGCGGAGAAUUUAGGGAUUGAGAGUGUGCUUGUAGAAGGUGAACCCACGGAGUUUGAGUAUUACCCGCAUAAUCAGGCCGCUGAUAGUGAAAAGCCGUGGGCCUCCGCCGCAUCUUCUCUGAGUUCAGCUGCGGAUGCUGCUGCCGCUGCUUACGUUACGGCACUGGAGAUGGAACUGAUGCCUAAUUUUCUCAUCAAUUGUUGCAAUAAGAUGCACAUUGAGCAAAUCAAUACGGAAAAUAACGGAGUCCAAUCUUCUGCUGAAGUCAAGCAGAAUGUGAAAUCAGUUCGUGUUAACUAUUGGGUAGAAAAAAUGGAGACAGGGAUUCAUUUUGAGGAUAAUGUGAUACAUACUGAUAAUCAGAUACGACGUGCUCGGUGCUGGUUUCCUUGUAUUGAUGAUAAUAAUCAACGGUGCUGUUACGAUCUGGAGUUCACAGUUGCCCACAAUCUUGUGGCUGUCAGCAAUGGGAGCUUAUUAUAUCAGGUCUUGAGCAAAGAUGACCCUCCUCGCAAGACAUAUGUCUACAGAUUAGAUGUUCCUGUCGCUGCUCAGUGGAUAUCUUUGGCAGUUGGACCAUUUGAAAUCCUCCCUGAUCAGCAUAAUGGUCUCAUUUCGCACAUGUGUUUACCACCUAACUUGCCAAAGCUACGUAACACAGUGGAGUUUUUCCAUAGUGCAUUCAGUGAUUAUGAGCAGUAUCUUGAUGCAAAGUUUCCAUUUGGGUCAUACAAGCAAGUUUUUUUAGCUCCUGAGAUGGCAAUAUCCUCGUCAACUUUUGGGGCCUCCUUGAGCAUCCUUAGUUCUCAAGUUUUAUUUGAUGAGAAAGUUAUAGAUCAGACAAUAGACACUUGCAUCAAACUUGCUUUUGCCCUUGCAAGACAGUGGUUUGGGGUAUAUAUUACUCCAGAGGCACCAACUGAUGAGUGGCUGCUGGAUGGUCUUGCUGGUUUUUUGACAGAUUUGUUUAUCAAGAAAUUUUUGGGAAAUAAUGAGGCACAAUAUCGAAGAUACAAGGCAAAUUGUGCUGUUUGCAAAGCUGAUGAUAGUGGUGCAACAGCUUUGAGUUCCUCUUUUGCUUGCAAGGAUUUGUAUGGAACCCAUUCCAUUGGCUUGAAUGGAAAAAUACGAUCAUGGAAGUCUGUGGCAAUCCUUCAGGUGUUGGAAAAGCAAAUGGGACCUGACUUCUUUAAAAAGAUUUUGCAAGCAAUAAUUUCUCGUGCACAAGGUACAACCUGUCCUGUGAGGUCUCUUAGCACAAAAGAGUUCCGGCAUUUUGCUAACAAAAUUGGAAAUCUGGAGCGUCCAUUUCUCAAAGAAUUUUUCCCUCGGUGGGUAGGAUCACACGGAUGUCCAGUGCUCAGGAUGGGGUUUUCCUACAACAAGCGGAAAAAUAUCAUUGAGUUGGCAGUUUUGCGGGAAUGCACAGCUACUCUAGAUUCAAGUGUAUCAGUUCCGAAUGCUAACCCCGAUUCUGAAAACCGCGAUGGUGAUAUUGGAUGGCCUGGGGUUAUGACUGUCAGGGUUUAUGAGCUUGAUGGCAUGUCUGAUCAUCCGGAUCUUCCAAUGUCUGGAGAUGCAUGGCAGCUACUGGAAAUAGCAUGUCACUCAAAGCUUGCUGCUAGACGCUACCAGAAGCCUAAAAAGGGUUCAAAACCUGAUGGCUCUGAUGAUAAUGGUGAUAUGCCCAGUUUAGAUGUGCGCUCUAGUGUAGACUCUCCAUUGUUGUGGAUUAGGGCAGAUCCAGAGAUGGAAUACCUUGCUGAAAUUCAUUUUAAUCAACCUGUACAGAUGUGGAUUAAUCAGUUAGAGAAGGAUGAAGAUGUUGUUGCUCAGGCACAAGCAAUUGCAGCAUUGGAAUCUUUACCAGAGUUCUCACCUUCUGUUGUCAAUGCUCUGAAUAAUUUCCUCACUGAUUCUAAGGCCUUUUGGAGAGUUCGAAUUGAGGCAGCAUUUGCAUUGGCUAGUACAUCUUCUGAGGAAACUGAUUUGGCUGGUUUGCAACAUCUGGUGAGAUUUUAUAAAAGUCGAAGGUUUGAUGCAGACAUUGGACUCCCCAAACCAAAUGACUUCCGUGAUUUUCCAGAGUACUUUGUUCUUGAGGCCAUUCCACGUGCCAUAGCUAUGGUAAGAGCUGCAGAUAAGAAAAGUCCAAGAGAAGCUGUUGAGUUUGUUCUGCAACUUUUGAAGUAUAAUGAUAAUAAUGGGAAUCCUUACUCAGAUGUUUUCUGGCUCGCUGCAUUAGUGCAGUCAGUUGGUGAACUUGAAUUUGGGCAACAGAGUAUUUUCCUUUUAUCUUCUCUUCUCAAGCGCAUCGAUCGGCUUUUGCAAUUUGACAGGUUGAUGCCUAGUUACAAUGGGAUUUUGACAAUCAGCUGCAUCCGAACCUUGGCACAAAUUGCAUUAAAGCUUUCUGGAUUCAUCCACCUAGAUCAUGUCUGUGAACUGAUUAAACCAUUUCGAGAUUUCAAGACAAUCUGGCAAGUACGAAUAGAAGCAAGCAGAGCACUCCUUGAUCUUGAGUUUAACUGCAAUGGCAUCAAUGCAGCAUUGUUGUUGUUUAUUAAAUAUAUAGAGGAAGAGCCUUCUUUAAGAGGGCAGGUAAAGUUGGGUGUGCAUGCUAUGCGGUUAUGUCAGAUACGAGGUGGAUCAGUUUCUAAUGAGGAUAUUAAGUCGACCACUCUUGUGGCUUUGCUUCAGCUUUUAGAGAGCCGCACAGCAUUCAAUAAUGUAUCUCUCCGGCACUACAUGUUCUCCAUUCUUCAAGUCCUUGCAGGAAGAACCCCCACACUUUAUGGAGUGCCUAAAGAUAAGGUACGGCGAAUGGCUGAUGUGGAGGUUUGCAAUGAGCAGAAGAACCAUUUUGCAGCUCCUGUUGCAGAGAUAAAGCCUGCUGAACCUCCCGCGGCGAACCCGAACCUUUUGCAUGAUAAUCUGGCCAUUCCAGAAGCUUCCAAGGGAGUGGAUACUGUUUCCAACAGUCAUGAGAGGAAGACAUCCGUUGUUAAGAUUAGGGUCAAGCAGUCUGGGACAACCAGUAAAGCAGAGGAAGGUGACGAUGCUACCGUCGAAAGAUCUCAAGGAAGGCAUCCUGAUGCCGAUCGCGGCGCCACCAGUUCGGUUUCAGUGGAUGCACCCCAAAGAAAUUCAGCUGAGGCUGUGAGCAUUAGCAAUCAAAAUAUCGAAGAAGUCAACUCAUUUCAUGAUCACGGGUCUCGGAUCACCGCUAGCAUUGGGAGUGCAAAAAUUGCAAGUGAAGGUGACAACUUUGGUAAGGAACUUCAGUGUACUGCCGAUUCAAGUAAUGUUGCCGCGUGUCCUAGGCCCGAUAAUCCGUCAUCACCUAGCAUCAUCCAAGAUAACUACAUAGAUGCUGAAGGACAAAAGUUCGCAAGUCUUCAAACCCUAUCAGUUUCAAGACAGGAUGGUGGUUCAUUGGGCACUGUGGAUUCUCCAAACCGCGGCAAGGAGAAGAAGAAGAAGAAGAAGGACAAGGAAAAGAAAAAAGAUAAGGAAAAGAAACGAAAGCGAGAAGACCACAAAGGACACCGAGACGAUCUCGAGUAUUUAGAGAAGAAGCGAUUGAAAAAGGAGAGAAAACACAAGGAAAAGGAGAUGGCAAAGCUGCUGAGUGAAGCCAAGACGACUUCAACAACAGAAUUACGAGGUAAGAAAGAGGAAACGACAUCUUUAACAAAAGAGUUGCCUGGUAAGAAAGAGGAACUGGUUGCGAAGUCAGCAACGGUGCCAUUGAAACCAAGUGCACCCCCCAAGGUAGUGAUAACAAAGUCGGAAACCAGGACGGAGCCAACAGAAGGUACUUCAGCUCCCAAAUUCCGAAUAAAAAUAAAGAACAAGUCACUGAAUAAAUCAUAGUGCAAAGUUGUUGGGUCUAGGAUGUCACCAUUAAACGUUGCUGGAAACGAUGGAAUCAUCCAUUUUUUUUGUUUUUGGACUAUCCUCUCCAGCAAUUUUGUAGAUGAUUUCUAGUUUUGAUGUGAAGCAUCGUAGUUAUCGAUUGAAUAAAUCUCUCUAUGCUCUUUGAUUCUCA